CGCCCUCCCGCGGGGCCGCCCGCCCGUCCUCGCCGUCCGGGGGGCACGGGCCGGGCGACCUUCGGCUCCCGGACUCCCGGGCUGCCACCAGCCUGCCGCUGCCGGAUCGCUGGGGAACCCGGCGACAGGGGGCGCCACGGAGCCGGGGGUAGACCGCGAGGCGCCGGCGGGAGCCUGCAGGCGGUGCUGCCCCACCUCCCACCUCCCCGCGCCCCGCCCCGAGGCUGGGGCUUUGGAGGAUGCAGCCGGAAAGCCUUUGGUAACAAACUGAGAAAAUGCAGAAGAUCUUGCAAGCAGAGGAAAUUACCAACACCCAAGCUCUUAGAAAAGGAAAGAGGAAAAGGACAGAGACAAUGGACUCGGAGAACGUCAACAGCGACGUGGAUAAAGGGCAGAGAGACCCUUACUCAGGCAAUGCCUUUCUGCCCGGGGAGAGCUCCAGUGAGGAGGAAGAGCCCUUAGCAGAACUGUCAAAGGAGGAAUUGUGCAUGAAAAUCAAAAGCCUGAAACAAAAACUAAGCAGCACCCGGAAGGAGAACAGCCGACUUCGACAGUCUUUGGUCAUGCUUCAAGUGUUACCACACGCUGUCACCCAGUUUGAAGAACUGGUUGGCAUGGCAGAGGCCCUGCUCAAGGGCGGAGGAACCCUGUCCACAUCUGCGUCCACCCUCUGGCGAGCUACAAAUAACGCCUCGCCCGAUUCAUUUGCCUCCACAUGCAGUAACUCCAAUUCUAACUCCAGUUCCCCGAUUUCGCUGAAGGCUGAAGAGGAACCUCACACUGAUGAGAAACAGUUCAAGAUUGAAAAAUGGCAGAUUGCCCGUUGUAACAAGAGCAAGCCUCAGAAGUUCAUUAAUGAUUUAAUGCAGGUGCUUUACACCAAUGAAUACAUGGCCACACACAGCCUGACGGGGGCCAAAUCCUCCACUUCAAGAGACAAGGCCGUGAAACCAGCCAUGAAUCAGAAUGAAGUCCAAGAAAUCAUAGGAGUCACAAAACAGUUAUUUCCCAACACAGAUGAUGUUUCAAUCAGGAGAAUGAUAGGGCAAAAGCUAAAUAACUGUACCAAGAAGCCAAAUCUAAGCAAAAAUCUGAACUCUCAGGAUAUUAAGUAGAUCCUUUUGGUAUUACAGGCCCCUGACACAAAGGCACCUUCAGCUGUCAAUCUCACCUUGGACUUUGUGGGAGACACUGUACCCUCCCAGGCAGUGAGCACAGAGACACGCACAGUGACAGGCUGGGAGACACCUGUGUCAUCGCUGGGCUGUCCUGACAGAGCACAGGCCUGCAAAAACCUGCAUGUGUACUGUACCCUCAGUACCAGUGAUGCUUCCAACUGGAGGGUUUCUAGCAGCCCCAAGAGCAUGCAGUAUGGUUUCUUGCAAAUACGCAUUUUUUCCUCCCCAAAAUGCCUCCCUGUACAGCUAUCUUAACAGGAUAAUCAGAGCUCUUAUCAUAGCAACAAAAACUCUAACCCAGAAGAUUCGUCAUUGUCCUAAUCAAUCCCUGUACAUUUUUUAAUACCAACGACUCCCCAUUUUCUUUUUGUUGGCUCUUUAGUAUAAGUACAUGCUUGGGAAAGUAAACAAUGAAAUAAUCAAUGUUCAAAAACGUGAGAGUAGCAAAAUCAGCCUAAAAGCUGAUAACCACGUUCUAACAAAGUAAUAGUGUUUUAGCAAUAAAAUUACAGGAUCAUUCUGUUACAUAAAAUUGUAUAAAGCAGGAAUCCGAAAAAUAAAUGAGAGCAACAAGAACUUUCUAUUUUAAUAUGAAGCUAUUUCACUGCACUCCUGAAAAAGAAGUCCAAGUUUUUGUGAUUGUUAAAAUAACGCAUCAGCUUUUUUAAAAAGUCUUUUUUAUGUUUCCUUGUUCACAUGCUUCUUUUUAUUGCCCCAAAGAGUAUGGAAUACAUGUGUGUAAUAUAAAACAUCAAUAUCAUCUGAAACCUUGUACAUACGUUAGAAAAUCUUAUGUUUUCAGGUUGGUUAUACUGCUACACUGCUUAGUUUUAACUGAUGUGUUUUCAUAGUACCAGAAGAGAAUAAGUGAAAACAAAAUCAUAUGGGUUUCCUAAUCACACACACAUACAAAUACCAUUUUGUAAAUGAAUGAAAGACAAAGCAUUCUUUAUCAACGUCUCUCCUUGGACAUCAGGGGGUCCCACGUGACAGCUCUGCAAAACCAGGCCGUGCAUCUUCAGUGCUCAAGGCCAUGCUCACACUGGAGGAGGGUGCAUGUGCUAGAACGUCCAGUGCUGUGGUCCCAGGAACAGUCGGUAAAAGUUGCUUGAUAACAAUGUGGUUGUACAAAAUAAAUAGUCUUCGGGAAACAGCUUGUGUUAACAUUUGCUACUUUUACUUAAAUAUAAGUAAAUCUCACUGAAAACAUAAAAA